AUGCUGGCCGUCGUGUCGACGCCUGCGCCGCCUGCGCCGCUGCUGAUGGCGGCGGAGGGCGAGCUCCGCGUCCGGCUGGUGGCGGCGGAGGGCGAGGCCCGCGCUGCGAAGGCCGCGCUGCGCGAGUCCGAGGCGCGCUGGAGGCGCGAGGUGGGCGGCUCUCAGCAGGAGCGGAUGCGGCUCCGGGCCGAGGUGGGCUCUCUGCUCCAGCGGCUGAACACGAAGAGCACAGCGCGGGAGGGCGAGGGCCCGCCCUCGCCGAAGCGCGCCCGCACGGGCGUCACGCCCGUGGGCAGCGGCGGAGGAGCGGCCCAAGGCGCGGGCCUGCUCAGCCAGACCGCGGUCUACGCCAUGUACCACGACGCCGAGGCGCUCGUGCGCGAAGAGCGUGCGCGCGCCGACGCCGCCGAGGCGCAGCUCAGCCGGCUGGCCGACCGGGUGCAGGCCGCGCUGCCAGUGUACCAGGAGCGCUCCUCGCGCCUCGACUCUGUUCUCGAGGCCAACGCCGCCCUCUCGCAGCGCGCGGCGGAGGCGGCGCGGCAAGUCGAGGCGACGAAGCGCGAGGCCGCACGGCUACGAGCAAGCAUCUCGGCCGCGCUGGAGGAGAGGGAGGCUGCCGGCGGCGCCACCCCUCCUACGAUCCCGCAGCUGGACGAGGUGCGAGCUCUGCUUCGCGCGGGCGCCAGCGGCCUGCUCGAGGAGGAGCGGCGGCGCCUCGGCGCGGGCAACAACACCGAUGCGCUCGAGGCGAAGCUCAAGGAGAACGAGGCGGCCACGGAGAAGCUGCGCAAGGCGGCGGCCUUCUGGAAGGGCAAGUUGCGGCGCUGA